AUGGCAUUGUACCCGUAUAUCAGGGCGGGACAGUCAUCUCGACACAUCAGCCAUACAGAGUUCGAUAUCUUAAAGGCUUCACAUAAAUUCUUACGCGACGACGAAAACAGCAAGGGUUUACAGUGGAACGAACAGCUGGCAGCCAAGUACUAUGAUAACCUCUAUAGGGAGUUUGCCGUCUGCGAUUUGAAACACUACAAGACUGGAAAUUUUGCAUUACGAUGGAGAACAGAGAGUGAGGUGCUAUCAGGAGCUGGCGAAACAUCAUGCGGGAACACUCGUUGUGAACACCACGCCGCCCCCGAGGGUUCCGGCCCUCGCCUGACAACCCUCGAGCUACCGUUUGCAUACGAGGAGCACGGGGAAGUCAGGUCUGCGCUGGUGAAAGUGGUUCUAUGCCCCAAGUGCUGCAAGAAGCUGUUGUGGAAGCGUCAGAAGGAAAAGGAGAAGCAGGAGGCGGAGGGCCCGAGUUCAAAGUCAGAGGCAGGGAGAGGAGAUGCAGAUCAUGAACGGAAGCGAAGAAGAGAAGAAGAGGGCGUCGAAGACCGCCGCAGUCGUCAAGGCGAGAAGGGUCUGUCGGAACGUAAGAAAGUUCGGCGAGAGUCGCGUCCAUGA